CGCUGGCCCCGUCCCCGUUGUUGUCCCGCGUUCCCCGCCGGGGCUCGGUGGCUCUCCCGGGCCGGUGCCUGCCGGGGCUGCGGCUCCUGCUGCUCCCGGCGGGUGCGCUGCAGCUCCCCGCUGGCCGCCCUGCGACAUUCCUGCUGUCCUGGGGGACCUCCAGACCUGUUACAUUGAUCGUGUCCGUUUGCCUUUCCCUCGCUCUGUUUCCUGCUCUGCUUUUUUCAUUUCCGUCACUCCUCCUGGAUACUCCAGCGAUUUCGUGGAUACAGCGCUGUUCAUUUCCGUUUGGGAGCUAAUCGGCCUCUCCGGGCACAGCUGAACAGAUGCUGCACCGCAGCUGGAAGUGAAGAAGUCUGGAGGUGUUUAGGAUGUGGGGACAGCAUUGCUGCUGGUCAGCGCCUCUACAAGACUGUCAGCGGAGCUUGGCACGUUUCCUGUUUCCGGUGCUCUGAAUGUCAGGAUCCCCUCACUAACUUGUACCAUGAGAAAGAUGGGAAGCUGUACUGUCACAAAGACUACUGGGGGAAGUUUGGGGAAUUUUGCCACGGCUGCUCUCUGCUGAUGACUGGACCUGUGAUGGUGGCUGGCGAAUACAAGUAUCACCCUGAGUGCUUUGCUUGUAUGAGCUGCAAAGUGAUCAUUGAAGAUGGGGACACUUACGCACUCGUGCAACAUUCCACUCUCUACUGUGGAAAAUGCCAUAACCAGAUUGUGCUGACACCGAUGAUAGAAAAACACUCUAUUGAGUCUCUGCGUGAGCAGCUGCCUCAUACGCUGACCCUCAUCUCCAUGCCAGCAGCUACUGACGGCAAGAGGGGGUUCUCUGUGUCUGUUGAAGGUGGCUGCUCCAGCUAUGCCACUGGUGUCCAGGUGAAAAAAGUGAACAGGAUGCACAUCAGCCCAGAUGUCCGGAACGCCAUCCACCCUGCAGAUCGUAUCCUGGAGAUUAAUGGAGCUCCUAUUCGUACGUUACAAGUGGAGGAGGUGGAGGAGCUGAUCCGCAAGACAAGCCAGACGCUUCAGCUGCUGAUCGAGCACGACCCUGUCUCGCAGCACUUGGACAGGCUUCGUCUGGACUCCCUUCUUCCCACCCACGUAAAGCCGCCCGUUUCCCCGCGCUCCCUUUCACCACUGGACAUCAAGGAGAAUCUGGAAGGAACGCUCCGACGGCGCUCCCUCAGGCGAAGUAACAGCAUUUCUAAGUCUCCUGGUCCCAGUUCUCCAAAGGAACCGCUCCUCCUGAGCCGUGACAUCAGUCGUUCAGAAUCCCUACGAUCCUCUUCUAGCUGCACCCAGAAAAUCUUCCGGCCCUGUGAACUGAUUCAUGGAGAAGUGCUAGGAAAAGGAUUUUUUGGACAAGUAAUCAAGGUGACUCACAAAGCAACAGGAAAGGUGAUGGUGAUGAAGGAGGUGAUUCGCUAUGAUGAGGAAACACAGAAGACUUUCUUGACAGAGGUGAAAGUGAUGCACAGCCUGGACCACCCCAAUGUGCUGAAGUUCAUUGGUGUACUGUACAAGGACAAGAAGCUGAAUCUCCUCACUGAGUACAUCGAGGGAGGCACCCUGAAGGACUUCCUUCGCAAUGCAGACCCGUUUCCCUGGGAGCAGAAGGUCAGCUUUGCCAAAGGAAUUGCCUCUGGAAUGGCUUACUUGCACUCCAUGUGCAUCAUUCACAGAGACCUGAAUUCACACAAUUGCCUAAUCAAGUUGGAUAAGACAGUGGUGGUGGCUGACUUCGGUCUGUCUCGGCUGAUUGUGGAGGAGAGGAAAAAGCCCACUUUGGAGAAGCCAUCGGCCAAGAAACGAACCCUACGCAAGAGUGACAGGAAGAAGCGCUACACGGUGGUUGGCAACCCGUACUGGAUGGCCCCAGAGAUGCUCAAUGGGCAGAGCUACGAUGAGACAGUGGACAUCUUUUCAUUUGGGAUUGUUCUCUGUGAGAUCAUAGGCCAGGUUUAUGCUGACCCGGACUGUCUCCCACGCACACUGGAUUUUGGCCUUAAUGUCAAGCUGUUCUGGGAGAAGUUUAUUCCUGCUGACUGUCCUCCAGCCUUCUUCCCUCUGGCUGCUAUUUGCUGCAGACUGGAACCAGAGAGCAGGCCCCCUUUUUCCAAGCUGGAAGACUCAUUUGAAGCUCUCUCCCUCUACCUGGGAGAAUUUGCCAUCCCCCUUCCGUCUGAGCUGGAGGAGCUGGACCACAACGUGAGUGUGCAGUAUGGACUGAACCGUGACAAGCUACCUGACAACACAACCUAGUCAGCUCAUCCUGCUGCCUGCCCCGCUUCACUGGAGCUGAGUGACAGGGAGGGAGAUGCACUUCAGCCACUUCCAGGGCAUUAAUGGAGCACCACACUGUGCGUUUGCUGCAUUGCCUCUCUCUCCCCACCCAACACCCCUCCUCUUGGACAUCUGAUUCACUGUGGAUUUUUGACAUGUUUCAGAAGCAAAAUGGGCUGUUUCCUGCCAACUGCACCUAGGAAAGCUGCUCAAUACUAUUUUUAUGGCUUGAGAAAUGUUUCUCUGGCCUUUUCAGGCUUCUUUACUGUGGUGCCUUAGAACUUGGCUGCAAGCUGUGAAGCCACCCUGGCUUGUCUGCCAGGGAGGGAUUUGCUAUAGGAGACUCUCCUGGGUAAGGACCAGCACUUCUGGAACUGCUUCUCCCACUGACUACCCUGCACGGAAAGCAGGGGAAAUUGGACAUCCAGCAAAAGGCCCCACCAGGACAGUGUGUGUGUGUAUGUUUGUGCAUGUGCUUUCCAAAACAACCCACUGAGAUUUUGGCCUCCAAGUGCAUCACAGGGGAGGAAGUGAAAAGCCCCAGGAAUUAGGCAGCUCUCCUGAAAUACCUUGUCUGUGGCGAAGCGUGUAUGAAUUCUUGUUUUAAUUUGGUUUUGUGGGCGUUUUCCCCUCCUCUGUCUCUGAAUACCUCCAAAAGCCUGCCUAGAAACACUAAGACUGAGCCCUGCUUGGCCCUCCUAAUGAUGAUCAAGGCAGGCGAGCUGCUUGAGCAUCUUCAGACCCUGAGCCUGCACAGUGAGUCUGCCUGCCCAAGAACCCUAACCUAGGUGGAAGUAUUUGAACCCGAAUGUGUAGAACUGCACUAGGCACUGGCUGUGGACAUCCCUGGAGUGCUGAAGCUGCUUGAGCUCUCGGCCUGCAGACGUGAGGUGACAGAAAGGGUGGCAGAAGGUGCUCUUCAGAAAGCCAAAGGUCUGAAGUCGCUCAGACUUUGUGCAUGGACAAUGGCAAAGGGGGAUAACCCCAAAGUUACUUAAAAGGAUGGACUUGUCAUGAACAGAAAAGUGCUGGAGAAUGUCCCAUCCUCCCAGGAGUGGCAGCUGGAGAACUAAUAAUUCAGUUGCCAUUACCUCAUCCUUUCCUGCAGUUGCUCCCUUUGAAGGUCCUUCUUGCAGUUGCUGCUGCAGCACCUAAGCUGAUUCUCCAAGCAGAAACUUUCCUCAGGGUCAUUCCCUGCUUUGGGGGAGAAAAUAGGGCUUGGAAUCAUUGGGAGGUGGUGGCGCGGGGGGUUGUAUUCUCUUCCAGCACUUCUCUUCUUCCUCCCUUGGAGGGAGAAGGAAGAAAGCUACUGCUGCAGUAGCUCACAUGGUUGGCAGAACAGGACAAAAUCUGGCUCAAGUCCUGCUCUGAAGUUUCACAGACAUCUUGGUUUAACUGGAUUUUUAGUGUGCUCCUUUCUCUCCCCGCUCCCUUCAGUAUUGAAUGGUGGGGAAUGGGUGUUCGUCUUUCUUUGCCGUUACUUUGAUUUCCUCCCCUACCCAUGAGUUUAAAGUAUUAUGUAAAAUAACAUGGGACCAGCCAUCACCUGACAAAAGGUGUGAGUGUGGGGGGGUGGCUUUAGUCUGUGUAGUGGUGUUUUAGAAACACUGGGGGACUCCCUGUGCUGUGAGUCAGUGGAGGAGCCUCUAAACUGGGUCCAGUGGAUUCAGGAUUGUUAAUAGGAUUUGCCCUUUCUUUCCCCCUUCCAGGCUGGUUUGUGAGGGGACCCCUGAAGGGGAGAGUCCUGGGUGAUGUGCGGGUGGGGGUUAUGAACUGUGAUUUGCACAGCUCCAUGUUCUAACUAAAUUAAAUAGCAGUAAACGUAUGCUAUGAAAACAAGAUUGUGUUGUCUCUGUUACAUCAAGCGGGAAGCUGUAA